GAAAAAUAUACCCCCAAAACAUACCAAGAAACAGCUAUACAUGAAGUUCUCAUUACUGAAACAUGUCAGGAGAAAAAUGUGCUUGAAAAACAAGCCCCUAAGAUGUCCCAAGAAAGGGCUGUGCCUAAAGAUCUCUUGCCUAAAAAAUGCCAAGAAAGCGAUGGAAUUAAAGAGGAUCCUAUGGAAACAUACCAAGAUACAGCUGUGGCCAAAGAUCUCACUCCUAAUAUAAGCCAGAAAAUAUCUGUGCUUGAAAAAUAUUUCCCUAAAGCAUACCAAGAAGUAGUUCCGCCUAAAACUCUCUUGGCUCAAAUAUGCCACAAAACAGAUGAUCCGGAAGAAUAUCAUACUGAAACAUACCAAGAAAAUGCUAUGCCUGUAGUUCAGGAUCCUGGAACACACGGAGAAACUGCUACAGCUGUCAUUUGUCCUCCAAAACUGAAGAAAAUAACAAAAGCAGAGGAACCAGAAAAGCCUGCUGCAAUUCUGAAUCUUUCCCAGGAGAAAAAAGCAGAGAUUGAUUACUAUAGAUUUCAACAACUACCUCAACCAUAAUAGUUUCAAACUAAAGAUACAGUACACUAAUAUUUUAAAUGCACAAUUUCUCUAAAUGCAAU